AUGUCGACCUCGGAGCCAUUCACGAUCAUCGAGGACGAGGGUUCCCAUCAACCGCAAGUAUACAAAGAGUUUCAGAAAGGCUGGUCAUCGUCAUACGCCAGCAUUGACGUACAGCUUAUAGUCGCUUUGCAACAGAAGCAUCCAGAUCUCAUAGUGACCGCUGUUCCGGGGACUAAUGUCAACCUUCUACAAUUUGCCGCAGCAGGGUUUGCGACUGCAACCUUGGACUCUGCCGUAGAGCCUGUCGUUCGCUUGAGAGGGUUUGUUCCGCCGCCACCUAGAGGUGACGGUACUGGAUAUCUAGCCGAUGCGAACUUGUUCGCUCGCUACAACUACAGGUGGAAUGAUGAAUAUUUUAUUCUCUACACGGUUUAUACUGAUCCGUUGGGGGGCACGACACAAUUCAUCUUGAAGGAACCCGUGCGCGAAGAGACGGCACAGUCUCAUUCGUCGAUCACCGAUAAACUCAUUCGUACCAUAGGAGAAUGGGUCACAAAGAAGGCCAAUGGGAUUUGGGUGUAUGACGGCUACUGGAGGAAAGAUACUAGCCUGUGGGAGCAGGUACAGAAAGCAGAUUGGAAAGAUGUUAUCCUAGAUGAAAAGAAGAAGAAGGAUCUAAGAUCUGUCUCAAAGAAAUUCUUCGAUAACGAGGAUGUGUACAAGCGGUACGGGGUACCUUGGAAACGGGGGCUUAUCUUCCACGGCCCAGUGGGAAACGGCAAGACAAUCUCGAUCAAAGCAAUGAUGAAAGAGAUGAUUGAGAGAGGCGUCGAGGCACUAUACGUCAAAUCAGCACCUUAUACGUACAACAUCGGCGACGUCUUCAACAUGGUCCGGAAGCUCGCACCAUGUCUGCUCGUACUUGAAGACAUCGAAACGAUCGUCACCGAGCAAACUCGCAGCUAUUUCUUCAAUGAAGUAGACGGGUUGGAGAGUAAUGAUGGACUAUUGAUGGUGGCCAGUACUAAUUACUUGGAUCGUUUAGAUCCUGGACUUUCAAAGCGACCUAGCCGCUUCGACAGGAAAUAUCUCUUCCCUCUCCCAAACAAGGAGGAGAGGCGUCUGUACUCCCUCUACUGGUACCAGAAGCUCAAGGAGCAGAUGGAGUUUCCCAAAAGCCUAUGCAGCGCCAUUGCUGGGAUUACAGCCGGAUUCAGCUUCGCGUACUUGAAGGAGGCUUUUGUGACGACUCUUCUAGAGAUUGCGAAUAAGCACAAUGACGAUGAUUCCAGCAUUGUCGAUACCGAUGAUGACAUGGAAGACGACCUGGACAGAUACGAGUUCUGGCGCGCGUUCAAGCAGUAA